GCGCGUUUCUCAAAGAGGCUUAGAGGAAGGGCAAUACCAGUUGAUAGAGGAUUAACAAAACACCGUCUCCGUAUGAAGUCCCAGCAUCCGCAUCCCCCGUCGAAGCCAUGCUGCUUCUGUUGCUCCUAGUGGGCACGGUUUUGUGCCGGCCCAGUGACGGCUUUCUCAAAGCUUUUACUCCUCUAUUGGAGGAGGAUCCUUGUUAUGAUGAUGGGAGUAAUCCUCGACGAUGCAUUCCCGAUUUCGUAAAUGCCGCUUUUGGGCGGUCAGUAGUGGCCAGUAGCACUUGCGGUCAGCCACCCAUGAAAUAUUGCCGAAUGGACAUUGAAUCCGGUUCCCUUAAUUGUCAGGUGUGUAAUGAAUCAAAUCCCCAUUAUUCAUCUUAUCUCACGGAUCUAAAUAAUCCAAGUAAUGUAACAUGCUGGACAUCGGGUCCAAAUCCCGCGGAGGUUGUUAAUUUGACGCUUAGCCUAGGGAAAAAAUAUGAACUUACAUACAUCAGUUUGCAGUUUUGUGGGUUAAAGCCAGAUUCUAUGGCUAUAUAUAAAAGUAUGAACUAUGGGGAAACUUGGCUGCCUUUUCAGUUUUAUUCAACCCAGUGCCGUAAAGUGUUUGGUAAAACAACUAGCGUACCUUUAACUAGAUCUAAUGAACAAGAGGCUUUGUGCGCCGAUGCCAGGACUGGCAUCGAACCUGCCACCGGUGGUCGUGUCGCUUUCAGCACAUUAGAGGGUAGGCCAUCAUCUUAUGACUUUGACAAUAGUCCAGUUUUACAAGACUGGGUGACAGCCACCGACAUCCGCAUAGUGUUAGUGAGGGUGAAGCCAUGGUCAAUGGCAACUGUAGCCCCAAACGACACUGAACUAAGUUUUUAUAGUGUGUCCGAUUUAGCCAUUGGUGGUAGAUGUAAAUGCAACGGACAUGCAUCAAAAUGCAUUACUGAUGCUAAUGGUUCUUUAAUUUGUGAUUGUAAGCAUAACACAGCUGGAAAAGACUGUGAGAAGUGUAAACCGUUCCAUUUUGAUCGGCCAUGGAGUCGAGCAACUGCCCAUAAUGUUCAUGAGUGUGUGGCUUGCAACUGUAAUCAGCACGCGCGAAGAUGUCGAUUCAAUAUGGAACUUUAUAUUCUGUCGGGGGAGACCUCUGGAGGUGUUUGCUUGAAUUGCAGACACAACACAGCCGGUCGUCAUUGUCAUUAUUGCAAAGAAGGUUAUUACAGAGAUCUCACAAAACCUAUAACUCACAGAAAAGCAUGCAAAGCUUGUGACUGCCAUCCAGUGGGCUCUUCGGGCUUAACUUGCAAUCAAACCAACGGUCAGUGUCCUUGUAAAGACGGGGUAACUGGGCAAACUUGCAACAGAUGUGCCAAAGGAUAUUUCCAAAGUCGCUCAACUGUCGCACCAUGCAUCAAAGUAUUUAAAAAUGAAAAGCCAAAGGCAAACUCCAAAAAUGAUAAGUGUGGAAAGUGUCCUGCCAGCAGAAAGAGAUUAAAUUUGAAGAAAUAUUGCAGAAAAGACUACGCGAUUCAAGCUGACAUAUUGUCCCGAGAGACAGUUGGUGAUUGGGUCAGAUUUGGUAUUCAUGUGAAGCACAUAUUCAAAGCAGGUCCUAUCAAACUACGGACGGGUGCUCAAUCUCUGUGGAUCACUCAAGCAGAAAUCUCGUGCAGCUGUCCGAAGCUUCGGCUGAAACACUCCUACCUCAUAUUAGGAAACAAUCAAGAGGGAAGAAAAUAUUCUGGCCUUCACGCUAAUCGAGAAAGUACUGUUGUGGAAUGGAAAGACGACUGGCCUUGGAGAAUGAGAAGAUUUCAAAGGCGACAAAGAAAUGGCAGGUGUAAAAAUCCGUAAACCUAUCUCAUCCCUGAAACUGCAUAACAACAACCAACCACACCACCGAAAGUUGUGAUCGUCAUUAUCGCCAAAAUCAUCUGAUGUUUAACUCAUUAACCAUGAGACAAAAUAUUUUUCCUACUAAUGGAUGGUAAAUGGAAUGCAAAAUUGACUGUCAGCGUUAAAUUUAGAAAACUAAAUGUUAACUGUUAUACAACUGUUAAUCAUACAUUUAGAUUUGUUUUUUAAUUCAUGCCAAUAUUUCACUUUUUAAACUAAAAACUAGCAGUUUUUUUUCUCUUCUCUUUUAUAUUACUAUACAAACUCAACUGAUGGUAAAUUCUGUUGUGAUUUUAAGGUAUGCAUAAAAUGUACUUUCAACUGAGAAAUAGUUAAAAAGAAUUUUUUGAGAAUGUUUUAUUUAUUUUUUUAAAGCGAAUUUUGUAAUAUUUAAAAUGAAAUCUAUGGUGUCAAAACGCUAUUUAUGUAUCUUACAACUAUCAUAUGAAUAUAUAAGGAUCAUGAUUUUGAUAUAAUCAAUUUAACUUACUAUUACUAUACAAACUCAACUGAUGGUAAAUUCUGUUAUGAUUUUAAGGUAUACAUAAAAUGCACUUUCAGCUGAGAAAUAUUUAAAAAGUGUUUUUUGAGAAUGUUUCUUUUAAAAGCCAAUUUUGUAAUAUUUAAAGUGAAAUCUAUGGUGUUUAAACAUUAUUUAUAUAGCUUAAAACUAUCAUAUGAAUAUGUAAGGAUCAUGAUUUUAAUAUAAUCAUUUUAAUUUCGAAAUGCAGAACAAUAUUGUUUAAGGGGAAAUAACUCGCUAAAAUUAACAAUAUAUAUUUACUUUUCAAUUGUAUCUUAGUGCAUUUAUCAAUAUAUAAAUAUUUUUACAAUUUGAUAAAUGCAUUACAAAUUUACUAUGUUUGCUAUGUACUAGUAUUUAAGGUUUGAGUACAUAAUACGUGAGUUUAAAAAUAUAUUAAGUAAAUUUAAAAAUCAUUCGUUUUUUUUCCUUGUUGAAAGUUAGAAUUUUUAAAUUUAAGAUGUUUAUAUUCUUUAACAGCCAAAAUAUGUGCCAAAUUUUUUAAUAAAAUGCAUUAUUUUCUAUUUUAAAAUUCCUUCUACAAUAAAAUAAUAGUACUCAUAAAUCUGUCCAUGUUUCAAUUUCCUUUUUUAUCGCGUAAAAGUUUAAAUUUAAUGACCACCGUUUUAAAAGCAUUAAAGAUGAUUUAAAAGCAUAUAAAAAGGAACUUAAACCAUACAUCAAUACGUAUUUUUAUUUUAGAAUUUUCUAUUCUAUUACCGGUGAUUGAGUGACAAAGAUUAAAAUAAUAUCAGAAAAGAAGUUAAACCUUUACUUUCUAAAAGCGCGAUGAAUACGAUGAUUAUCUGAUCUUCUCAUAAAGCGGUUAUGCCAAAAGAUGUUAUUUUUGAUCAAUGUAUUCUUACGAUGUUUCAAGUUCUCUUUCGUAAACUCAAGAAUGAAUUUCUUUUUAAAAUUUUCUUAGACCGACAUAUUAAUGACGGAUCAGCACCAAAAGAAUGCUGUAAGAAUUAAGCAAUCGAUAGUCUUCGAAAAUUCCUAAAUGUUCUGCCAGACACGAGCCUUUAUCAUUUUAGUUCUAUAUGAACAAACUAAUUCGAUGGUCAACCAUUGACUUUAAGCAACAUUCAUGGAAGAAGUGGAGAAAAUAUGGUGAAAAGAUUUCGUCAAAAAUAAAAUUGAACUUCACUGACUAAGACAAGCAAGAGAGAAAUUUGUAAACGAUUUUUUUGGAUGGGAGUUUGAAAUUGUUCCUUAUGGUCGAUGUCCAAAUUUCAAGACCCAACUCCAAAUCGUUCUGGAGUUAUAAAAGAUUCAAGAUAAACUUUCGUACCUAUUAUUAAAAAAUUGAAUCUGCAGUUAUACGUUUGCUUUCUACCCAGAGUAAAGUUUAUUUGCUCUAAUAAGUUACUUUACAUAUUUUAUGUACUAAUUCAACGUAACUUACCAAGGCAAUAGAGAAAACAUUUGCGCAUUGUAUUGACAAAUAUGUGCAACAAUUUCGCUACAUGAAUUCGUUAUCUUUCAAAAGUGAAUUAGCUUUACUAUUGCUUUGUACUACUUCGGAUUUUAAAGUUGGCCAUACCACUAAAUAUUAAAAAGUUUUUACUAAUACAAAUAGUAUGGGUUAUAAAUAGUAAGAAUUCUACUGAAAACUUUUUGUUAUUAAAAAAAUAUUUGUCUUUUUUUGUUUUGUAUCUUUAUUUCAAUGAAAUGAAGUCCGAAUUCAGAUUGAGUUGUAAAUAGCAUAUUUGCUUUUGUUCUAUAUUUAGAGUUUAUUAUUUAAUAAAAUCUUUCUUGAGUAGA